AUGGUGUGUUUGUCUCUUCUCAUCUGGAUCUCCUGCCUGUCCUAUUGUGUUAAUGGCACGGGGACGAUGGCUAUUAUUUUGGACAAUUUCCUGCAAACAUUUGUUUGGGGCGCAGAAGAAUUGGCUAAAGCUGUGCAAGAAAAUGGUCACACCCCGAGUGAUGUGUCCUCCCACACACCUGGCAAGUACAACGACGACAUCAACAUGCUGAAAGAGUUGGGGGUAUCCCACUACCGUUUCUCGAUCUCCUGGACCCAAGUUCUUCCCAACGGUACUCUCUCUGGAGGAAGAAACCGGGAAGGCAUCAAUUACUACCACAACCUCAUCGCUGAACUGCUCAGGAACGACAUCAAACCCAUGGUCACCAUCUUCGACUGGGACCUCCCACAGGCCUUGGAAGACAAGGGAGGAUUCCUGAAUGAAGACUUUGUGUACUGGUUUAGGGACUACGCUGACUUAUGUUUUAAGGAAUUUGGUAACAGUGUGCCCUUGUGGAUCACCCUGCAUCAGCCAGCUGUGAGUGCAAUCAACAGCUAUGGAGUAGGACAAGUUUCGCCUCCAACUUGGAAUCUGACAGAGAGACAGUAUGUCUCAGCGCGGAACCUUGUCUUAGCCCACGCUGAAGCGUUCCACCUUUACAAUAACACAUACAGAUCAACACAAGAAGGAAAGGUCGGGAUAACUCUCAGCUACAUCUGUGAGGAACCCAGAGAUCCCCUGGACAUCUCUGGUGUAGAUGCAGCGGCAAGGUCAACAGAGUUCUAUGACGGGAUGUUCAGCCACCCUAUAUACGUGGACGGAGACUGGCCUCCUGUGAUGAAGGAAAUGGUUGCUCGGAAAAACAAGGAAUCGGGCUGGCCUUCGGACAGAUUACCUCCCUUUUCUGAUUCGGGAAAGAAGCGGAUUAAAGCUGUAAACCUGGACAACUGCAGUGUGAAAGGUUUCAUGGCAUGGCCCUUGAUGAACGGUCUACAGGACGUCAACUUCUCAGAUCCACACUUCCCUAAAGCCUCGUCUAUGUGGUACGCUGGACUGGUUCUGGACAAUGGGUUCAAGCCUGGGUACUCGAGGCCCGGGGGUAGGGGAUCUGCCGUGCAGGGGAAGGGGGAGUUUCACUAUGGGACAUUCCCCAAGGACUUUCUCUGGAGUAUAGCUUCCUCCUCCUUUCAAAUUGAAGGCGCUGUCAUGGAGGAUGGACGAGGAGAGAGCAUAUGGGACAACUUCCAAUUCGUCAUACACAACGAUUCUGGCAGCGUGGCCUGCGACAGCUACCACAAAUACCCCGAGGACGUGAGGCUUCUAAAAAACCUUGGGGUCGACCUGUACCGUUUUUCCAUCGCUUGGCCAAGAAUAUUCCCUGAUGGCACCAAAGCAUCUAUAAAUCCAGCUGGUAUCCAGUACUACCAUCGGCUCCUCGACGCUCUCCUUGCUGCAGGCAUUGAACCAAUGGUCACCUUGUACCACUGGGACCUUCCAAAGGCUCUCCAGGAUAAAGGAGGAUGGACUAACGCGUCCAUUAUUGGACAUUUCAAAGACUACGCUGACGUGUGCUUUAGAGAAUAUGGAAAUAAGGUGAAACUAUGGGUGACGUUCAAUGAACCUUGGGUGUUCCUUGUAAAAGGUCUAGAGAUGGGACUGAAUGCACCUGGAUACACCAGCGCUUGGGUCGAACCCUUCACUGGAGGACACCAUGUUCUACUGGCCCAUGCCGAUGUCUACCAUCUGUACAAUGAUACUUACAGGCAGACACAGCAUGGUGAAAUAAGCAUUUCCUGUAACGUGGAUUGGACGGAACCUCUGGACCCAACAAAUUCUUCCGACAUCGAGGCGUCUGAAUGGGCUCUCCAGAUGUACCUUGGAUGGUUUGCCAAUCCUGUUUACGUCAACGGAGACUACCCUGACGUGUUGAAAGCCAGGAUAGUCACUACCUGUAAGGGAGAGGGACGCAAUGUGUCCGAACUACCAGCAUUCACAGAGGCUCAAAAGAAGAGAAUCAAAGGGACUUAUGAUUUCUUCGGCUUGAACCACUACACCACGCAGUAUGUGCGCAAGGGAAACUCCACUUACAAAUGUCUGACUACCGGCCAGUGCAGGCCAGACUUCACCCCGGAUCUCGUCAUCGAACGUCUUCUUGACCCCUCGUGGCCAAGGAGUGGUUCCCCCUGGUUGCUUGUAGUUCCCUGGGGGAUGAGGAAGACGCUCAACUGGGUGAGGAACACCUACGGCAACAUCCCCAUCUACCUGAAUGAGAACGGACUGUCCGACAACAACGGUACUCUGGAUGACCAACACAGGAUCGACUUUUUUCGAGCUUACAUAAAUGAAGUUCUGAAAGCUAUUGAUUUUGACAAAGUGAAUGUUAAAAGCUAUACCGCGUGGUCGUUGAUGGAUAACUUUGAGUGGGAAGGUGGAUACUAUGAAAGAUUCGGAGUUCAUCAUGUGGACUUUGACAGCACCGACAGGACGAGGACCCCGAGAUCGUCGGCGGCCUUCCUGCGACACGUCUUCAAGGACAAUGGCUUCAAACCCGGCGCCUUAACAGAUCCCAGUCGGCAGCCUCUCCCUUUCGAGAAUGAAUUGUUUUUUGGAGUAUUCCCAGAAUGCUUUGCGUGGGGGGCUUCCUCUUCCGCCUCCCAUAUAGAAGGGCUGCUGGACAAAGAAGGAAAGGGGACGAAUAGCUGGGCCAGCUUGACAGAGACACCUGCCGGUGGCGUCAUGCCCUUGAAAACGAACACCGAUAUUGUUGCUGCUCUCAAAGAUCUUGGGCUAAAGACGUAUUACUUUUCAUUCUCGUGGUCCCGAAUCGUACCGCAAGGAACGUCAGAAGAAGCAAACCAAGAUGGUAUCAACUAUUACAACGAGCUGCUGUUGGCUCUGGCUGAUGCUCAAAUUGAACCAAUCGUGUCCCUACACCAGUGGGAAACCCCAGCCGCUAUUACAGACGGCUGGCUGGAUGACAAAAUAGUGGAAGCCUUCGGGAACUACUCCAGAAUAUGCUUUCAGAACUUCGGAGAUAAGGUCAAACUGUGGAUAACCCACAAUGAACCAAAUACUCGAGCACUGUAUGAAUAUGAGUUAGGAAAAUAUGCCACAGGGGUCAAAGGUCAAGGGUAUCGAGCCGCUCACUACAUGAUCAAAGCACAUGCUGCAGCCUACAGGAUUUAUCAAAAGGAUUUUAAGAAGAUCCAAAAUGGAAAAGUAGGACUUGCGGUGUAUCAUUCGUGGGCUCUGCCGAAGACAGAAAGGGAUCCUGGUGACUGGGCCGCUCAAGACCGGAAGUUGGCCUUCGACUCUGAUUGGUUCGUUGACCCAGUGCUGUUGGACGGGGAUUACCCUGACGUCAUGAAGAGAGAGGUGUCCCUCAGAAGUAGGGAACAGAAUCUGACCCAAUCCCGUCUCCCGGUGUUUACAGACGUGGAGCGGAACAUGAUCAGAGGGUCGACCGACUUCCUUGGCAUCAACUACUACACCACCUACCUCGUGGAGGAGCGACGUCACAACGACGUAAACGACAUGCCUUCUAUCGUCGACGACAGGGCCGUCAUGGAGUCGGUAAAAACUUCAACGGGAAGCACAAACUCUCCAUGGCUUCACGUGUAUCCCAAGGGACUCAGGAUGGUGCUAAGACGGUUCAGACAGCGGUAUGGUAACAUCCCUGUAUACGUUACCGGUAACGGCGUGGGGACAAGCCAGGGACAAUUCAAGAUACGGACAGAGUGCAGUACAUCAAGUCCCACACUAAUGAAGUAUUGA